CGUCCUGAGCGGGAGCGGAAAACGUGCGUCCGACUGUGCGGAAAAGGAAUCGAGUGUUUUCAGUGAGAUCCGGCUGAGACACUGUGUGUUUCCUCAGCAGCAUCACUUGUGUUAAAUGAAGUCACCAGAUGAAGCUGCAGACAUGACUCUGGAUUGGAAACCAGGUGAUCUGAUCUUCGCCAAGAUGAAGGGUUACCCUCACUGGCCCGCCAGAAUCGAUGAAGUCCCAGACGGAGCUGUGAAGCCGUCCAACAUCAAGUUCCCCAUCUUCUUCUUUGGCACCCAUGAAACAGCCUUCCUCGGCCCGAAAGACGUCUUCCCGUACCAUGCCAACAAAGAGAAGUACGCCAAGCCCAACAAGAGGAAGGGCUUCAACGAAGGAUUGUGGGAGAUCGAGAACAACCCAAAGGUUGAGCUCACCGCGCCCAAGCCGGUUCCUCCGGGUUGUUUUCCUGAGAAGGACUCAGACAGCGGUCCUGAAGGAGAGGAGGACGCUGAAGACAAGGGGGUAAAAUCCAAAGGAGCUGCUCAGAAAGAACCCACAGAUGUUGUUAAACCCAAGAGAGGAAGAAAGAAAAAGAUUGACCCUGACCAGGAGCCUGAAAAGGACGAUGCUCCAGUCAGUCCUGUUAGUACUUCAGGUGCAGAGGGUCCAAAACGAAGAGGCAGGAAGCCCAAAAGUGAGAAGAUGCUUCUGCUCCAGCAGCAGAACGACCAGCAGGGCUCAGGAAGUGAAAUGGACACUGCUGAGGCCGAGAGAAAGAGAAAGAGGGCACCGGAGGACAAGUCCAAGAGCGGAGAGGAGGACAAGAGAAAGAAGAGGGAGGACAGCAAAGGAAAGGAGGCAGAAUUGAAGGAGCCGGAAGCCAAGAAGAAAAAGCAGUCCAAGGAUGACGGCUCGUCUGGCUCUGACGAUGAAGAGAAAAAUAAAGGCAGAAAGAAACAGCAAAGCUCAGAUUCGGACAAAGACGCCCGGCGGCGGAAAGCAGAGGAAAUCAGAGAGCCGAACAAGGAGGAUGGGAAGAAAAAUGAAGAGAAGACGGGAGCAAAGAAAAAAGAACUGUCGACUGACUUGAAACUCCAGAGACUGCACAGCGAGAUCAAGAUUUCACUGAAAAUUGACAACCCUGAUGUGAAGAAGUGCUUGGACGCAUUAGAUGAGAUCGGCGCCCUUCAGGUCACAACCCAGCACCUGCAGAAACACAGUGAACUCAUUGCCACACUCAAAAAGAUCCGCAGGUUCAAGGCCAGUCAGGACAUCAUGGACAAGGCCACCAUGUUGUAUAACAAGUUUAAGAGCAUGUUCCUGGUUGGAGAAGGUGACUGUGUGCUCAGCCAGGUCCUCAACAAGUCCUUAGCUGAACAACGGCAGCACGAAGAAGCCAAGAAAGGAGCAAUGAAGAGAGUUGAACAAGCCAAGGAAAACCACUCAGACAAGAUGACAAAUGGUGAUACGGGCCCCGACGAGAAGAAGCAGGAGACGGAGAAGCUGCUAGAAGACGCCUCAGCGGGAGAAAACCACAGUGCCCCAGAAGCUCAGGAAGAGUCCACCUGAGUGGGGUCUGCUGGGCUCCUCUGUCCACGCUGAGCUCACCCACUGGGAUCUCCUCCUGUCCACCUCCUCUCGAUGACUAAUCACAAACACUGGUUUCCAGAUUCCUGACGGCCUUCUGUCAAAUUUGCUGCUCUAAGGCUUCAGUGACCCUCCAGCCCCGAUAACCACUGACCACACGGUUUAUUUUUGUACUUUGUGUUUUCUUUACCUUUCUGGCUCAUCGUCUUACAAGCAUCUGUUGAAUCUGGUUAACGGUGUGAAGAGUUAGCACUUGUAGAUCUGUAGCGCUGAGAAGUUAGUACUUAACGGGCACGCUCGCAGAGAGCAGGUCAGCACCAGCAGGACCUUUAACCCAAUAGAUGUUCUCUCUUUCACAUUUAAUUAAGGUUUUUUACAUUUACACAAUCAAUGGUUUAAUCUCAUCUUCAGCUUAAGUUAUAUUGAAGUACGGAGGCCACAGACACCGUCGCCACGUCCGCUGUUAUUGGCUGCAUAAUCGUUUCAUAGAAGCAUCACUUCAGAUACGCACACUGAAGAUUCUGGAGUUUGCCAAAGUUUCUUUUGCCAAGAAAAUGCUUUAUUCUCAACCAUGUUCAAGUGUUUGUUUGAAGGUUGUGUUUUUUGUUUCCUUUUAACAAAGUGUAGAUGUAAAUAAGAGUAUUUUUGUGCCUGUCUGACGACCUGUUUCAGCCUCCAUUAAUAAAGUAGAACAUAUAGUAACAAG